AUGGGUCAGAUAGCACAACAGUUAGCUUCGAAUUCUCAAGCCCCGGGUACCCUACCCAGUGGUACGAUAACAAAUCCGCGGGAACAUAACACUGUUAACGGUGUUGUAACCCAAAGUGGGAAGUCAACAGAGGAAAACAAUAUGGAGAAGGAUGGAUUGUUAGAAGUAGAUUUAGAAAUCAAGGAAACCAAGGACCAAGAUGAAGAAGUGGUACUACCACCUAUCAAGGAGAAAGAAAAUGUUCCAAAACUAGUCAUCAAACUCCCUUACCCUCCAAGACAGAAGAAAAAAGAUCAACAUGAAAAAAAAUUGAGAGGAAUCAAAAUCAAGGUUGCUGUGAUAGAUCCUACUACUACAAGAGUUCGACCUGGAAAUCAGAGACAAAAAGGGGAGUUUUAUGCGUGGGAUGAUCCGUUCCUGUAUAAAAAGGGAAUAAGUGGCCUCGUGAGGAGAUGUGUUCCCGAGGAAGAGCAAAAGGACAUUCUCAAAGCUUGUCACAACUCAGAAUAUGGAGGACAUUUUAGCGGAGAUAGAACCGCAACAAAAGUCCUCCAGUCUAGACUAUAUUGGCCUACACUGUUCAGAGAUGCACAAGAGAUAGUAAAAGAGUACAACAGAUAUCAGAGAACAGAAAACAUAUCAAAGAGAAAUCAGAUGCCUCAUAAUUCCAUGUUAGAGGUAGAACUGUUUGAUGUGUGGGGAAUAGAUUUUAUGGGACCCUUCCCACCGUUCUUUAGAAAGCAAUACAUUCUGGUCGCAGUUGACUAUGUGUCAAAAUGGGUAGAAGUAGUAGCACUACCCACGAAUGAUGUGAAAGUGUUGAUCAAUUUCCUAAAGAACUGUAUCUUCGCGCGGUUUGGGGUACCAAGAGCACUAAUUAGUGACGAAGGUACCCAUUUUCUAAACAAGCUAAUGGAGAACCUGCUAAGGAAAUACAAUGUAAAGCAUAAAAUCGCCACACCGUACCAUCCCCUGACUAGUGGAUAG